CGUCCUCCUCCUAGUCAUGAACACCUUCAUCAAUGUUUAAGAACCUCUUUCUUCUAAACCAAGCAAUAUCUAUUUAUGGAUAAGAGAAGGGAGAAUGCUGGAUGGACUCCAGUUCCACAGUUCGGAGGGUGGGACCAAAAAGGACCAAAUGAUGCUACAAACUACUCGGUUGUCUUCUCCCAAGCUCGCGCUAAUAGGAAGCAGAAUAAAGCUGGUGUGAGACAUUCUAGUUUGGGAAGCGAACAAGAACUCAUGGCAAGUGUUCGUCGCAACCACCAGCAACUUCACCAUCGCCAUGAAACCCAAGAUGAUGACCCUGUCAUGAAGAAGAAGAGGAUCUUGACCUACAUAAAUUGUUGUCCAAGAGAAUUAGGUGGUGCUCUAGAUCUUAUAAAUCAAUACAAGUUGUUGCCACACCAUGAAUUCUUUUGCAAGAGAUCACUUCCCGAGUCACUUUCAGAUGCUCAUUAUCUUCAUAAUUUGGUUGGAGACACCGAGAUUAGAAAAGGAGAUGGAAUGCAAUUGGAUCAGCUUAUUCCCAAUGCAUCACUUAGCAGCCGCGAUUCCAAUGCUCGUAUCCAACCUUUUGUUUUAGAUGAACUUAAGGAGGCUUUUGAGCUUAAUGAUACAGCUCCAGUUGAAUUGCCUCCAGCAGAAAAGGGAGCUCCUACCACUGCGUCAAAAUCAAAAAGUGAGUCAAAAGAUAAGGACAGGAAGCAUAGAAAACAUAAAGACAAGAACAAGGAGAAAGAUAGGGAACAUAAGAAGCACAAGCACAGGCAUAAAGAUAGGAGCAAAGAUAAGGAUAAGGACAAGGAUCGAGACAGAAAGAAGGACAAAAGUGGGCACCAUGAUAAGAAAAGGAAGAACAAUGGGACUGAAGAUCUUGAUGACGUUCAGAGGCACAAAAAGAGUAAGCAUAAGAGCUCAAGGCUUGAUGAGAUGGGAGCCAUGUAGGUUGGAGGCUGAAGCCGGGGACACUCUCAUUUUUGUAUUGCACACCCAAGGUGUCAUGGAGAGGUUUAGAAGCAGCUAACUUUGUUAGGUUUAAUCUCUAAAUAAAAAUUUCAUUGUGGG